GUUAAAAUAAAAACAUGUAUUUGAAUCUGGAAGUGUUCAAUUAUAAAACCUUAUAUACAAUUUAACUAAAAUGAUAUUACAUACAGAAUGAAAGAGUGAUUUUGUUGAAAAUAAAUGGUAAAAUAGUGAAUAUGAUAUUUGAUCUAUAGUAUUGAACUGAAACAAAAAGUUGCAUUUUAUACUUUAAAAAAAUAUCACCAAUAAAAUCAUAAAUAGUUAUGUAGGGUUACAUGUACCUCAAAGCUAAAUCUAGGUCAGUUAUCAGUCAAUGCAGGAUAUGUUUGUGACUGUGCAAGCCUGGCUAAAUGUUAUCAGGACAUGUGGAUUUAGCAAAGCUGUGUCAACAAUAGUAAAAUAAAUGUCACUCGAAUUUGUAGAUGUACUAGACUGUUGAAACUUAAUUACAAGACUUGGAUAUUUAUUUGCAAAAUGCUUGUAGCCAAAACUGCACGUGGAUUUCAGAAAUCUUUUGGAUUUUUGUCUAUCCUUCAAGAACAGACAUGCAAGAAAUGUUUUUCUGCUACAAACAAAAAGUUUAGGGACAAGGUGUAUGAGUUGAGAACAUACUCCAUUAAUCCGAAAGAUAUAAAACCCUUUAUGGAACUUAGUAAAGAGUGGAUGCACAUCAGAAUGAAACACUCAAAGCUGAUUGGUUAUUGGCUCAGUGAAAUAGGCGGGAUUAAUGAUGUAGUGCACAUAUGGGAAUACGAUAGCCUUAGUCACAGAGCGAAAGUAAGACAAGCUCUGGCAGGUGACCCGGAGUGGGUGGGGAACUAUUUCAGUAAAAUAUUACCCUGGAUGCAUCGUCAGGAGAAUAGUCUUCUCAAGUGUUUACCAGGAACAGCUAUACUAGAUCCACCAUCAAAUGGUGUUUAUGAGAGUCAAGCCUUUGUGAGCACCAAGGGUAGGGAUGAGACAACCACUGCCAUAAGAAAUAUUCACAGACCAUCUGCUAUGUUGCUAGGCAGCUGGUACAGCAUUCUGGGAUAUGAAUCCAUUGGUUUCAUGCUAUGGCAUCAUCCAGAUGUGGACAAUCUUGUUCAUUCCUCAGAAACAGCAGCCAAAGAUAGUGGUGUGACAGUUGUUCAUUCUCGUCUCCUCUUGCCGACACCAUGGUCACCCAUGAAAUGAAGAAGAAUCUUGUCCUCCUACUAAAGAACAAAACAAUCUGAUCUGUGUUUGGUUUCUUAGAACUACGGCAAGCACUAAAAAAUAAACGGAUGGAUUAUUCAUAUUGUUGGAAUAUAGCUUAACAUUUCCCAGUGUUUUAUGAAAACCAAUUAUUUGUUUCACUUUUUUUAAUGUAAAUAUUGAUUUGUUAUAUGUAUAAAUACAGACUAGUGCAUUGUU